GCGACUGCUGUUAACUGAUCACUCCCAUCACACACCCGCGAUUGUCAGUCAGGCCGUUUACUGCUGAUGCUUCAGCAGCGUCCAGUAAUUCAACUGAGGUUGCCGGCGUCUAGGUUGAAAAGCGCAGACAAAAAGGACCCCAAGAUGGCUCAAGCUGCCGCCACCACUAACGGCGCAGCACCUUCCUCGUCCUCCCCGCCUGGGUUCAACCCAGGCCAAUCGCCCAACUACUCCUUCGUCCCGCCACCGACGCCCUCACCGUACCUACGUGCCUUCUUCGCGUACGUCGACGCCGUGCACGCAUGGGACUUUGACCGCCUCAUGCAAUGCUUUGACGAAUCCCUCGAACACCGCAUCCUCCCUAAAUCGCUCGGCAGGCCGGUGUUGAAUAAAAGGCAGUACGGGGAAUAUUUCAAGGGGACUAUGCCGCUUUUCGUCAAGUUUCGUUUAACGAUCCAUGAAGUAAUUGAGGCGGGACAUAGAAUGACUGUUCAUGCAUCCUCAAAGGGCGAAUCUAUAGCAGGGGCACCAUACGCCAAUGAAUACACCAUGAUCAUCCACUUCACAUCUGCGCCUAUCCCUUUAACCCCCGGGGAGGACCCGCCGCUUCCGAAAAUGAUGUUGGUAAAAGAGUACGUGGAUAGCGCCGCCAGCCAGAAAUUCUUCAAAGAAGAGCGAGCGAAAAUGAAGGAGAUGGAGAAGAACGCCAAAAUGAAAGUGGUUUAG